UUUUUUUAGGCUAGAAACAAAUCCGUGACGUAAAACCUAAGAUGGCGGCCCCCCUCUCCACGAUGAAAUUUUGGAAACCGGGUUCGGAGGCACCUGGUAUAUCUGAGGAGCGGGAGGUCACGACCGAAACGACUCUCUCCCCCAUAAUUUUCAACCCUUACACUGCGCUGUCCAUAGAGAAGCAGAGACAAAAACUUCCUGUUUUCAAGCACAGAAACAACAUCCUCUACUUGGUGGAGAAUUACCAGACAGUUAUCAUCGUAGGAGAGACAGGAUGUGGGAAAACCACACAGAUCCCCCAGUAUUUGCUGGAGGCUGGCUGGGCAGCUGAGGGGAAGGUGAUUGGUGUGACACAGCCUCGUCGAGUGGCUGCUAUCUCAGUAGCCAAUCGUUUGGCAGAAGAACGUGGAGCCCUGUUGGGGCAUGAGGUCGGAUAUACUAUCCGCUUUGACGACUGCUCUGACCCUCAUGCCACCCGCAUUAAGUUUCUGACAGAUGGAAUGCUGGUGAGAGAGAUGAUGGCUGAUCCUCUACUGAAGAAGUACAGUGUCCUAAUGCUUGACGAGGCCCAUGAGAGAACCCUCUACACUGACAUAGCCAUCGGUCUGCUAAAGAAGAUUCAGAAGAAGCGCAGAGACCUCCGCUUGAUUGUUGCAUCUGCCACCCUGGAUGCGAAGAAAUUCCAGGAGUUCUUCAACCUGAACGAGACAGGAGAUCCCAACCAGGAUACGUGUGGAAUUCUGACAGUGGAGGGACGCACUUUCCCAGUUGACGUCUUUUACACCGUCAGCCCAGUCCCAGACUAUGUGAAGGCCACCGUGGAGACUGUGCUGAAGAUCCACGAGACAGAGGAUGAUGGCGAUGUCUUGGCCUUCCUCACUGGACAGGAGGAGGUGGAGAAGGUGGUGUCUAUGCUUCAGGAGCAGGCCAGAGCCCUGGGCCGCUACGCCAUGAAGAAACACCUCAAGGUGCUGCCCAUGUACGCAGGCCUGCCGUACGUGGACCAGAUGAAGGUGUUUGAGAGGACGCCCCCUACUGUUCGCAAGGUGGUCGUGGCCACCAACAUAGCCGAGACUUCCAUCACCAUCAAUGGCAUUGUGUUUGUGAUCGACUGUGCGUUCGUCAAGCUGCGGGCGUACAACCCCCGCACCGCCAUUGAGUCGCUGGUGGUCACUCCCAUCUCCAAGGCCUCGGCCAGUCAGCGGGCCGGACGAGCUGGACGCAACCGAGCCGGGAAGUGCUUCAGGCUUUACACGGAGGAAGAUUUUGAGAAGCUGCCUGCAUCGACAGUUCCUGAGAUGCAGCGCACCAACCUGGCUCCUGUCAUUCUGCAGCUCAAAGCCCUGGGCAUAGACAACGUGUUGCGCUUCAGCUUUCUCUCUCCCCCACCGGCUCAGUCUAUGGUCCAGGCGCUGGAGCUGCUUUAUGCCCUGGGGGGUUUGGACCAGUACGGUCGCCUAACGGACCCCAUGGGAUUCCGCAUGGCUGAGUUCCCCCUCAGCCCCAUGUUUGCCAAGAUGCUGCUUGAGUCAGGGAACUUUGGCUGUUCCAAAGAGAUUGUUACCAUAGCAGCCAUGAUGCAGAUCCAAAACAUAUUUGUGGUGCCAUCCAAUCAGAAGAAACCAGCGGCACGGGAGCACAGGAAGUUUGCUGUUGCGGAGGGCGAUCAUCUGACCAUGCUGAAUGUCUACGAAGCCUUCAUCAAGCACCAGAAGAGCUCCCAGUGGUGUCAGGAACACUUCCUGAACUACAAGGGCCUGCUGCGAGCAGUGACUGUACGGGAGCAGCUCCGCCGUCUCAUGAACAAGUUCAAGGUCCCACGCACCUCCAGCGAAGGUGACCCUGACGUGAUCCUGAGGUGCAUCGUGUCUGGUUUCUUCGCCAACGCCGCCCGCAUCCAUCACUCAGGAUCCUACAGGACUCUCCGGGAUGACCGAGAGCUUCACAUCCACCCGAACUCGGUGUUGUUUGGAGAGAAGCCUCCGAAGUGGGUUGUCUUCAAUGAAGUCGUGCAGACCUCCAAGUAUUACAUGCGCGACGUCACAGCGGUGGAGUCGUCUUGGUUGGUCGAGCUGGCGCCUCACUUUUACAAGCAGGCUAAGCACGGGUCAUUGGCCAGCAAGAGAUCCAGGGUUCUCUGAGCUGGAUUCUUCCCCCGGUGACCACGACUCUGACCAUGUAGCCCCGGUUCUGGUUCCAAUAGCUGCCCUUGCCACCUGUAGGAGAGGACCAGGGCUUCAGGAAGGAAGUGGUGGUACGCAAGAACCAAAAGGAAUAUGGAGAACACCCCUCCUCAAACGACACUGUGCCCCCCUCCCCAUAACCUCUUUUCCCCAUGACAUUCUCUCCUCUCUACCCCUCUCAAUCACCCUGUACAGAAAUAUGUAUUAUAUAUAUUUAUUUUACCAUUCCAGUUGGUGGUCAUUAGAUAGCCAUGCUGGAGCAGAUAGAACUGUGAAGUAUGUACACAUGUUUUGUGAUUCUAAACCGGGUAGUUUGAGCCCUGAGUGCUGAUUGGCUGAAUACUGUGGUAUAUCAGACCAAAUACAGGCCUCAACUUUCAGGUAACUUUGUUAGUGGUACAUGAAAUGAAGAAAAUACUGAGCAGGAAAUUAAGUGUUUUUAUUUUUUUACUCUUCUAAGUAUGCUGGUAACCAGUUUAUUAUGGCAACAAGGCAUCUUGGGAGUUUGGGGUAUAUGGCCGAUCUAUCACGGCUGAGGGCUGUGUAUAGGCACUAUGUGUUUUGUUGUGUAUACGAACAGCCCUUAGCUGUGGAAUUUUCACUGCAAAAAAUCUGGUGAUCUUAGAUUUCUUAUUGAUAGACAAUUCGCUUAAAAUCCUGGUCACCCAGUGAUGCUGUUAACUGACUGCUAUGGCAUUCAAGGGAGCCGUUUUGAUUACUUUAAACAAAAUAAUUAUUCAUCCUGGUAAUUUCUUAUUUAAAGAUUUCAAUAUAAUUUACCAUCAUAAAACAAGUUGACUUUCGAAAGUAAACUACAAAAAAACAUUUCAAAAUGUUUUUCACAAUAUAUGAUUAUAUAUGAUAUAUAAUUGCUUCUUAAGCUUGUAUUUGGUCGAAAUAAAAAAAACACUGAAUUGUCACUCAAUAUGAAAUGACAGAUCUAGGUUUUUGCUGUAAACCACAUCCCCUUGGGUUUUGUUGCUUAAAAAUACAGAGUUAGGGAUUCCUCCUCUGCCUUUUGGCUAAGAUCAAGUGUAGUAUCUGUUCUCAUCAGUUUAAUAUCUGAUAGUUCUGUUUUUUCCAGCAUGGCCGCAUGGUCCCGACCCCCUAACCCCUGUACAUAUAGAGGCAGAGAGGCUCGAGUCCUGGGUAUGGAAGUACCAAACCCGGGGCUUUGGAUCCAUGGUUAUUUUUUUAUGGCUGUGGGUACAAUACAGUCAAGCCGUUUGCGCAGUUCUUUUUCUGAUGGUCAGAUCGCUGUAGGCAGGUUAAAAACCUAAUACCAGGUAGGCGCCUUAGAGGUAGAUGCUUCAUUUGCGUGUGCUCUGUAGUUAUUAAACCAAGAUGCUGUGUAAAAAAAAUGGCUACGGUGGACCUGAUUGAACUCCAGCCUUUUUUUAAGUUGUGACAUUGCGCUAAACAAUGACUGACCGUAAGGAUGUGAAACAUAUUUUUUUUAUGGGAACAUUAUGGAAACGUUUAGUUUUCUUAUUUUUUUGAUAAUUUCCUCAUCCCUUAGAAUGGGUGCUAGUUUGUUUCUAUUGUAGCUGACGAAGUACCAAUGCUAGCUUUUUCAAUUGCCAUUCUACUACAGCUACCCAACUUCUGUCCUGAUGAGCUUAGGGUUUUGUUCCAAGCCAGCCCAAACCUGUCUGUUUCAACCAAUCGACUGCUGUUAUGGUGUUAUGCUGACAAUACAUUUUGGAUGCUAAACAUUUAGCCAAACAAAUAAAUUGAGGAAUGACUCUGCAACUGUUGUGCCAGGAUGUUUUGCAAUUUUGGGAGAGAAUACUACAUCAGGACCAUGACUAGCUGAAUCAUGUGUUAGGGCUGGGCUGGAACAUAACUCUGCACACCCAGGCUGCACAGGACCAUAGUUGGGGAACCCUCCAAUCAUAAGUGGUUUGUCAGGUUUGAAAUCUGUUAUGGAUUUGAUGUGUUGACAGAUGGCGUUCUGCAUUAUUAUUACUGUGAAAAAGACCUCUUUGAUUUUAGACAGUUACUAUACAAGUCUUGCGCUGUCUAUCUCAAACAUAGUGGCCUUUUUAACCGUUCUGUGCCCAAAAUAUUAAAGUAUUUCACAUUUCAUUUUAGUAUGCAAUGUGCAAAUAAUCUAUAUAGUGUUGAGUUAAAAAGAAAUAAUUGAAACUGAAGAAUGAAGUGCCAUUUUUUUCCUAUGUCCAAAGUGCAUUUUGAGAUGCAUAAGAAGCCUAAAAAAACAAGCAUUUAUCCUUCUUAGCCAGUUCUCUUUGGGCCCUUCACUGUUUUCCGAUAUCACCAUUUACUAUGGAUUGCGUUAAUUACUGUUCUUUUCAUUACUUUUCAUUAUUCUUGUACAACACCACAGAAGGCACACAUUAUGUCCAUACAAGAUGUCCUGAUUCUUUUUUUUCUAACUCUCCAAAGAGUGAUUUAUAAAAGCCACAGAGUAAAAAAAAAAAUUGUCAUUUGAAAAGCACCCCAGGACCUGUUUACAUUGCAGUAAGGUUAUUGUCUUUGACUUUAUUGACUAAUGUUUGCAUGGUUUUACUGUUCAGUUCCUAGUCCUUUCUAGGUACUGUUUAACUGCCUCUGAACUCUGGAAAAAUAACUAAUGUGACUACUAGGCCUAUACAAGUGAAUUAACCUUGCAUGUUAAGUGGUAGUCUUAAGUACACAGUCCGGAUCUCAAGUGUAGAUUUGCACAAAUGUAGUUGACAGUGCCAUGACUGGCCUCAUAUUCCUCUUCUGGGAAUCCUCGUGUCUUUCACACAGCCACAGUGUAAUCUGUAGUAGCCUGACUUUGAGAAGCAGUUGUGUCCCUUCACUUCUGUCCUGCACAUCUUCAAAUAAAACAGUAUGGUCAUUCAACUA